UCUACGCAACUCACCAAUCUCCUUCUCUCCCCCUCCCUCCCCACCUCGCUCUGCCAGGUCUCCUCCCUCCUCCUCCCCUCUGAGCACUGCACCAUUCUCCUCCAACCAUUUCAUUAACCAACCAAAAUUCUACAUCUUCUAAUCACAAAUCUCAAGUUCUAACUAACAAGCUUGACUUUCAGGUACAAAAUGUCUCACGAUACUCUCCCACCUCUCUCUGAAAGCCGAAUCGUCCUCGGCGUCGGCGGGGUGGGCGUUGACUUUUUGGCCGCAGUGCCCUCUUAUCCUAAGCCGGACGAAAAGAUCAGAACCACCAGCUUAAAGGUUGAAGGAGGUGGGAAUACGGGUAAUGCCUUAACUUGUACAGCUCGUUUGGGUUUGAAUACGAGGGUGAUUUCCAAGAUUGCAAAUGAUACGCAAGGCAGGGCUAUACUGGAGGUGCUACGGGACGAUGGUAUUGAUACUUCUUUUCUUGUGGUUUCUGAGGAGGGCAAUUCACCAUUUACCUACAUUAUUGUAGACAACGAAACGAAAACCCGUACCUGUAUUUUUACUCCAGGGUAUCCUCUCAUGAUGCCAGAUGACCUUUCCCAAUCAAGUUUAUCAUCUGCCUUGGAUGGAGCAAGAAUUGUUUAUUUUGAUGUACGAUGGCCUGAAACUGCUUUGGUUGUUGCGCAGGAGGCUGCUCGGAAAAAUAUACCUAUAUUAAUUGAUAGUGAACGGAAAAGAGAAGGGUUGGAUGAUCUUAUACCCUUGGCUGAUUAUGCUGUAUGCUCAGCGAAAUUUCCACAGGCAUGGACAGAAGCAGCAUCUGUUCCUAGUGCUCUUGUUUCGAUGCUUUUGAAAUUGCCAAAGCUCAAAUUCGCAAUUGUGACAUUGGGAGAAGAUGGAUGCAUCAUGCUUGAGAGAAGUAAGGAUGAGAUUCCAGACGUAGAAGAAAUGGAUGUCGACAGCUUAUUGGGAUCGCUGAAGCAGAGAAAGAAUGAUAGCACGGCUAUCCCAACAUCUGUUUCAUCGCCGGUGACAAAAUUGAGAGCCAACGGAAUAGGGACUGUUUGUGGGAGGUUGUUGGUGGGAACAGCUGAGAAAGUACCUCCGGAAGAACUCUUAGAUACAACAGGUGCUGGAGAUAGUUUUGUUGGAGCAGUUCUCUAUGCUAUUUGCACCAACAUGCCACCGGAGAAAAUGCUGCCGUUUGCUGCUCAAGUGGCUGCUAUCUGCUGUAGGGCUUUAGGAGCUCGAGCUGGCCUUCCUCACCGCACAGAUGCACGUCUGGCAUCAUUUUUAGCUCAAGAUUUCCCAGGAAGUCCUACAUGAUUGGAAAAGUGAAAUUUAGGCUAGAACAUGUGCUAUUUCCUCUCAUGAUUUGAAAUUUUGUAAACUAUUCUUGUGAAGUUUACGUAUUCUCAUUAAAUAACAAUGUAAGCUGUUACAAUGUUUUAUACAAGAACCAUCCAUAUCAGCA